CCCCUCCCCCCCCUCCGCCCCGCGCGCGUGUUUGGUUGGGGCCACUUCGGGUGGGAAAGCCGCGCAGCGUUGGGAAUGCCGCCGGAAUCGACGCAAAAAGAGCGCAGACCGGGAAAAAUUCAUUAGGUUGUGUUGCUGGAACUCACCAUCAAGGGAGGACCUUAAGGGAAUGCAUUAGAAGAGGAGGGGGGGUGGAGGAUACGCCUGACAGGGGACUUUCUCCACCCCCUCUGGAAGAGAGCAUCUUUGGGAAGAAGAUCCCUGCCUGUGCCCCUCUCUCUCUGUGGAGAAAGAUCUUGCAUUGCAGCGCUUUAUUUUUCUAAAGGAUUCCAACUCAGCUGACAUCACCAGAGGCAGCCUAUUGCUUCCCAGAUCGAUGCUGUAACUUUUGCCUCUUCUCCUCUUUUGCCGCGCCUGCCAAAGGCAUCUGUAUGAACUCAGAAACCCCAUGCCAAUUCCCUGCGGGCGGGCCUGGCCUGCAGAUGCUGCCUGGGUUUUUGUGACUCAGGCAGCCCGCCCACCGAAGGAGAGCAGAGGCCGCAGAGAGGCACAGGAAAGCAGGCAUGGAGGACUCUGGCCAGCGCUUGGUGCUGGGCAUGAACAUGGGGGAUGGGCGGCAGACACCUCCAGGGCAACUGCAGGCCCCCUCCGAAGGCAGCGAGGAGCAGCGGGUACCUGGGCCAGAGGCCAUGUGUGAUGGUAGUGGCGAUGCCAAGAAGAAAGAAAAUGAGGAAGAAGAAGAGGAGGAGGAGGAGGAGGAAGAGCUUGACCCUCGCAUUCAGGAAGAGCUGGAGCAUCUCAAUCAAGCCAACGAAGAGAUCAACCGAGUGGAAUUGCAGCUGGAUGAGGCCCGUACCACGUACCGGCGGAUCUUGUCUGAAUCUGCUAGGAAGUUGAAUACCCAGGGCUCCCAGCUGGGGAACUGCAUCGAGAAAGCGCGCCCUUAUUAUGAAGCCAGGCGCUUGGCCAGGGAGGCCCAGCAAGAGACUCAGAAGGCUGCCCUGCGGUACGAACGAGCUGUUAGCAUGCACAACGCAGCCCGGGAAAUGGUUUUCGUGGCUGAGCAGGGAGUCAUGGCAGACAAGAACAGGCUGGAUCCCACCUGGCAGGAGAUGCUGAACCAUGCCACCUCCAAGGUGAACGAGGCCGAGGAAGAGCGCCUGCGCAGCGAACGGGAGCACCAGCGGGUCACCCAGCUCUGCCAGAAGGCCGAGGCAAAGGUGCAGUCCCUGCAGAAAUCCCUCAAGAGAGUCAUUCUGAAGAGCAAGCCCUACUUCGAGCUGAAGGUUCAGUUCAACCAAAUCUUGGAGGAGCACAAGGCCAGGGUGACAUCCCUGGAGCAGCAGGUUGCCCAGGCCAAGAUGCGCUAUUCCGUAGCCCUGCGCAACCUGGAGCAGAUCAGCGAGCAGAUCCACGCGCGGCGGCUCCAGCGCUUGGUCGGACGGCGUGCUUCCCCAGUUGGUGCUGAAUCCAGCCCGGCGCUGCUGUAUGGCGGGAUGGUGCUACCUCCUGAGCCCGUUGCCUCGGCCGACACACUCUCGGUCCUCAGCUUCCAGACCAUCGCCUCUGACCUGCAGAAGUUUGACUCGGUCGAGCAUCUCCUGGGCCUGUCUGACGCUGCCAGUCUCAACAGCGAUGAGCUGGAGGAAAGGGAGCAGCGGCGGAUGGCUCAGCCCCACUCCUUUAAGCACCACCGCAGCAUCAGCCUCUGAUGUGCCCUUUCUCUCGCUGCCCCUAUAAGUCCAGGCCUUCAGAAGAAUUGGGGGGGGGGGGGAGCGAGCGGGGGAGGGGUUUGCUGGUUCCUAGGCGCCAGGAGAAGUUGCAAGCGGAGGCAUAGUGGUUUUGGCCUCAUACGUCUGCAGUGUUGAUUUCCCCUCUCCCCUCUUUCUCUCUAUAUAGGUGCAAUCCCAGAUUUUAUGCCCUUUUAAUCUCCCCAACUCAGGGGUUCAUCCAAGUCCAAGUUGUUGUCGGUUUUAUUUGGAGAUUUUAACAUUUUGAAUCCCACCACCACACCUAGUCUUAAUCAGGCUGCCAUCUGCCCAAGCAUGCCUCUCUUCCCUGGGAGCAUUGCAUGCCGGAAGUAAUUCUGCAUCUUUGCACUUUUAUGCUGGCUUGUUGGAUUCCCUGGUAAUGUAGAUAUUCUCAGCUGCUGGAAGGCUGGUCUAAAAGCAGAGAGAGAGAGAGA